UGCACAGCAUUCAAGGAUACUCCUUUUCUUUCGAACCUGGUUCUUAUGCAAACAAAAAGAAAAUAUGAGCUAUAGGUGUACAAAACUGCAUUCUGUUUCCAGGCAGGGAGCUUUGAUGGUUCUAACUGCAUACAACACAGCUAGGAAGACAGUUUUAAUGCACAAGAGGCCACAGCCUUCUUCCUGGGAAAAGAUGGCGGACAAGGUGCUCCAGAAGGCGUACAUUUCCCUCAUCCUAAUUAUCAUUCUUGGAAGUCUUUUUUCUGGGGUAUUCUACAGGUGGCAAACAAAAAUGAUGAAUCCGAAGGAGGAUUGGCUGAUGAGACAAGUCUGUCGCAAAGACAUACUGAACUCUAUGUGCUUGAUGAACAAUCUCUCAUAUUCACAAAGCAAACUGCCACAUGACGUUGCAAGACAGAUCUUUGUGGAGCAUAACCACAAGUUCAUCUAUUGUGAGGUGCCCAAGGUCGGCUGCACCAAUUGGAAGAAAAUCAUCCUCCUCCUCACAAUGAACCUGAGCAGAGAGAUUAAUGAAGUCCAUGAUGAUCUCAUCCAUAAAACCUCACUGAUAAAGAGGCUGAGUUCUUACUCUUCUGACUACCAGGAGAAAUUACUGACCAGUUACACCAAAGUGAUGUUCACCAGAGAUCCCCUGGAACGGUUGAUUUCAGCUUACAGAGACAAGCUUCUGCAUUCUGAGCCAUACUAUAGUAUCACUGUUGCAAAUGAGAUCAAGGCCAUGUUCAGGAAAAACAAAAAUUCAACUGAAAGGGUCACUUUCCAGGAGUUUGUUAAUUUUAUUCUGACACAAAACCAAGAAAAAUUAGACAUUCAUUGGAGACCAAUGUUUCUACUCUGUGAUCCUUGCGACAUUCAUUAUGACAUCAUGGGGAAGUUUGAGACCGUAGUGCAAGAUUCUGAACGUGUUCUUAGGAACAUUGGUGCCCCAGAGGAUAUGCAUUAUCCGAACUUUAAGAAAUAUAGCUCAGAGAAACGUUUCUGA